AAUGUGCAACUUUAUAAUUUUCAAGUUUUAAUAACCGAGAGCUUCGAGUUAUUACGUCGUACUUAUAAAGUAACCAUGUUAUUUAAACCAUAACUUCAAACUAGAACUUUAAUACGCACGCGAUUUUCAACAUACACCGUAUAUACAGUGUUUCCGUUCCUGUCAUUCAUUUUUAUCAUUUAACAAACGACGAAUGCCGCUUCCGCGGUUUAUUUCAACGCGCACAUCAGGCGUUUCCGUAUGUAGGAUGCGACUGAACGUAACCGUCAUAACCGCGAUUCUCUCCUCUGCGGUGACGGUGAAUCCCGAAGGAUCAGAGGCUGACUCGUCAGUAAUGUCCUGCCUGAGUGCGCUAGACUCGCAGUUAGCAACUCUGUUCUCAGUGCCUGAAGAGAUCCUGUUUCUGCGACAUAAGGUAUUCCGUGAAUACGCUAAAAUCGCAGUCGGGCCAGAUUUCAUCCACACGCUACCGUCCUUCGUAAUCGUGGCAGCCGCGCUGCUCGUCCUUUGGAAGAAUCCUCCGUCCUCCGCGCGGUUCAUGGACCUCAUAGGCGUGACCCUCAUUUAUAAAGGUUUUCAGGUGUCAAUCAGUUGGCUUAUGGUUACCGCGCUUCUAUGGUUAUGGCUGAUCCUUCAAAGAAUACUCUACUGCAGUGUCUGGCGUUAUUGGAGUUAUGAAACUGAGCAUCGAGAUAUUUCGUACCCUUGGUGGCAACGUGUUUGGUCUUCGUACUAUCCUGCACCUAUACAGCCGCCUGUGAUGUCGGCCUGUUUUAUUAGUUGGAUAAUCGCAAUGUCGAUCGCAAUAAUCGCGCUGGGAUGCGCAAUAAACAUUGAUCGCUUGGAAAUUUUCGUUAAAAAAAUUUUUAGUAAACUUCGAGACGUUAUUGCAAUGACAAAGUCUUACAUAGUAUGGUUCCAAUAUAGAAUGCAACAACUACUUGUAAGUUCCGAGGCAAAUGCAGCAACGGAUGACAGUGAAAUAAGCUCAGUUUGUGACGACGGUCGCUCAGUUUGUGACGACGGUCGCUCAGAAACGUCAACUGAUGUGAAUGCGGCACGAGGAGACGUACAUCCGAUCUCUUAUGGAACGAAUUGGAUGCCACCACCAAAUUUUUCUAUGUUUAAGGAAGCGCAGCGAAAAAUAUCUUUAAAAUCUUUUCACACAGUAACGGGUGUGAACGACGUUCAGAAUGCCGACAAAUCCGCGGCCAAGCAAUUCCGACACCGACGUGGGUGUCACACAGUGAUACCGAGUAAUUCCAGCGAGCAAUCAAGUGAAUGUUGAAGGGACUAGUCAGUAUUAAUCGAAUGCUCGUUAUCGAAUGCGCCUUCGGUUAAUUGAGUAAUGCUAAUAAACACGAAAAAAAUUUACAUGAAGGCGACACGUCAAUUUUGUAGAUGAUACUUAAUUUGAAUAAACGCCUCGCGAGAUGCUAUUUAUAAUUUCAAUAAGAUUUUAUAGUUCACCAUAAUAUUUGUGCGUUAUUUUUACACAAAAUUUUCUAUAAAAAUAUUUUUUAUACAAAUAAUAUAUAAUGGAUCGCGCGCGAGAUUUUAUUUUCGAGAUUAUACCGCGCGAACGAUAUAUCAUCGAAUGUACGCAAUAGUUAAAAGAAUGCGC